ACUAUUGAUAGUGUUAUACAUUAACGAGAGAUGGAAAAUGUUAUUUUAGUACACAGUCCCCCGUGGCAGUCUCCAUACUCUCGUGUGUUUGUGUGAAUAUCAGUUUGAAAUGUUAAAACAGCUGCUCAUGAACCAAUCAAGCAUUUGGAAACCGAAAUAAAACGCACUUUCAGCUCAAGUCUUCCUCGCGCGUGUUUACUGUCGUCUUUGAACUGUUGCUCUAUGAAGCACGCGACACAGUAAGGCAAUAGAGGAGCUCGGGGUGUUUGGACUGGGCUACAGACUUUAUAUAAUUUCAGAGGUGUUUUAAUGGCUUUCAUGAGCGUGCAGCUCUUAACUAGAAACCGUAACGGCCGUGCAAAGUUUCAGGAGUGAACAGUCAUGGCUCCCAGCAGGAAUGGCAUGAUCUUGAACCCUCACUUUCAUAAAGACUGGCAGAAGCGAGUGCGCACCUGGUUCAACCAGCCGGCCAGGAAGAUCCGCAGACGAAAGGCCCGUCAGGCAAAGGCUCGGCGCAUCGCUCCAAGACCAGUUUCUGGUCCUCUUCGGCCAGCGGUCAGGUGUCCAACCAUCCGCUAUCACACCAAGGUCCGUGCGGGCCGCGGUUUCACCCUGGAGGAGCUGAAGGCAGCAGGAAUCAACAAGAAGGUGGCGCGCACCAUCGGCAUUGCCGUUGACGCUCGUCGGCGUAACCGAUCCACAGAGUCUCUGCAGAACAACGUUCAGCGGCUGAAGGAGUACCGCUCCAAACUCAUCAUCUUCCCCAGGAAGGCUACUGCACCCAAGAAGGGAGACAGCACUGAGGAGGAGGUCAAGAUGGCUACACAGCUUACUGGACCUGUCAUGCCUAUCAAAAAUGUGUACAAGAAAGAGAAGGCCCGCGUGAUCUCAGAGGACGAGAAGAACUUCAAGGCCUUUGCCAGUCUGCGUAUGGCCCGUGCCAACGCCCGUCUGUUCGGCAUCCGUGCCAAGAGGGCGAAGGAGGCCGCUGAGCAGGAUCCUGAAAAGAAGAAAUAAAUCAUACUUUGUUAGGAACUGUUAAAAAAUAAAUGUUUUAAAAAAACAA